AUGGGACACAAUCUGAUGCUGGUCAGGUUAAACAAUGAAGCUGAAAGAGAUGAAGUAAUUGCAGAUGGACCGUGGUUAAUUGAUGGAAAUACUAUUAAAGCAAGAAUUAAAGUGGAAUUGAAGGAACCUCUUCAUAGAGGGGGAUGGUGGAAGACUUUAACUGAAGAGGAUGUAUGGAUCAGAUAUCAUUGGGAACUACAACCUAAAAACAUCUGCCCAAAAUGUUUUGUGAUUGAUCAUAAUGAUGAAACUUGUGAGCAUACUUCUCAUUUACUCUAUUUAGACACCCUAUAUGCUGCUGAUUAUGAAGCUCUCCUCAAGGAAGAUAAUGAAGUUAAUAAGGAUAAGGAAGAAAGUAGAUCAACAAAUUAUAUGGAGGAAGAGUUAGCUGAUGAAGAUAGAGUAGGUCUAGCUGGUGGUCUCAUUUUGAUGUGGAAAGAUGGUAUUCAAUGUGAAUUACAAGAUAAAAUCAAUAAUAUCAUCAAUGUGAUUGCUGAUUUUUAUCCUGCUAAACUAAAUGUUUUGUCACUUUUCAUGUAUCGGUCUACUUAUACUGAUGUUAAGAAAAUACAAUGGGAUAUCAUGACUAGUAUAAGUGACAAUACCAUGCAUCCCUGGCUUGUUAUAGGGGAUCUGAAUGCACAUCUUCAUACCUUAGAUGUUAGUUAUUCAUUUUCCCAAGAUGAUAAAUUUGUCAAGAAUAAAAUAAAUGAUUGUGGUCUUAUGGAUUUAGGUUACAUAAGGAGAGACUUUACCUGGUCUAGUAAUAAUCUUGGUACUGGUCUUAGAACUUUUAGGAUAGAUAUGGAAUUGGGCAAUCAACAGUGGUGUAAUGAAUUUCCAAAUGCUAGAUCACAUCACCUAGUUCAAGUUGUAUCUGAUCACUGUUCUAUAAUGUUGCAAACUGAUCAAGUAACUAAGAAUCUGUGGAGACCUUUUAAAUUUUUUGUAAUGUGGAUAAAGCAUGCUGGUUUUAAAAAUCAACUUGAAAUUGCUUCAAAUACUAAUACAGUAGGUUUUCCUGCCCAUCUUUUGAUUGAAAAGCAUAAGUCUACUAGAAAAAGAGAUGAUAUAGCCAAUAUUCUUGUCACUCAUUUUAGUUCCGUGAGAUGUUCUGUUAUACAACAAAUAUCUGAGGAUAUUUUUGAUAUCAUCUCUACUGUCAUCACUAAUGCUUUGUUUGAAGAUUUUACCAGAAUUCCAUCCACUGAUGAUAUUCUUGAAGUUGUUAAAGAUAUGGCAUCUUGGAGCUCCUCAGGACCAAAUGGCUUUCAAGCUGGGUUCUAUCAAGCUAACUGGAACAUAGUUGUUAAUGAUAUAGUUCAACCUGUACAUAAUUUCUUUAUUACUGGUCAUAUGCCUAGAAAGUUUAAUAAGACUUUUCUAUCUUUGAUUCCUAAAAAUGACAUUGCUAAAUAUCUUGCUGAUUUUAGACCUAUAGGUAGAGCCAUUCAAGAUAACUUAAUCAUAGCUCAUGAGAUGAUUCAUACCAUGAAGCAUAAGGAAGGUUGUACUGGUAUGGCUCUUAAAUUGGAUUUAUCCAAAGACUUUGAUAGAUUAAAGUGGUCAUUUCUUUUAGGAAUGCUUAAGAAGGUUGGUUUCCGUGAGAAAUUUUGUCAACACAUUGAACAAUCAAGAAAUGCCCCUGCAAUUACUCACCUUUUAUUAGCAGAUGACAUUCUCAUUUUCGCUAAAGCAGAUAGGCACAAUGUCACAGGUAUUCUUGAUAAUCUUAAUCAUUUUGGUAAGUUUUCAGAUAUGAUUGAAAUGAAAGAAACUGAUAAAUAUCUAGGUGUGACACUUUUGAUAGGUAGAGAUAAAUCCAAAGCUCUCAAACCUAUUAUUCAUAGUUUUAGUGCUAGGCUUAUUCCCUGGAAAGGAAAAAAUAUGAAUCAUGCAGCUAGAUCUACUAUGGUAAAGCAUGUCUUAAAUGCUCUGCCCACUCAUCAAAUGGAUGUUUUUAGAGUUCCUAAGAAUACUAUUACCCAGUUAGACUCCAUUCAGAGUCAAUUCUGGUGGGGAAAAAAUGGUAGUCACAAAUGCAUUUACUUUAUAGGCUGGGACAAACUUCAGAUCCCUAAAGCUCUAGGAUGUCUAGGAUUUAGAAAUCUAGAACAUCUUAAUACUGCUUUGCUGACUAAAGUAGCUUGGAAUUCUUGUAAUGAUGAUACCUCUUUGUGCUAUAAAGUUUUCAAGGCAAAAUACUCUAGAAAUGAAAGUAUUCUUCAUUUAGAUAAACUUAAGGAUGACAGUUCUUGGCUUUGGAGGAGUAUAUAUUCUGGCCUUGAAAUUGAGCAAAAACACACUAGGUGGUUAGUGAGAUGUAGUACCAAAGUGAAUAUUUGGCUAGAUUGUUGGGUUAUUGGUCUAAAUAAUCCACCUGUUCCAGUUGUUGGAUCAUCUAAUUUUGAUAAUUAUACUCUUGUCUGUGAUUUAUUCUUAGCUGGUACCAAACAAUGGAAUAUUGAUAUUGUUAAUGGCCUUUUUUCUCAAGAGUGUGCCAACCUAAUUCUUAGUAUGAGAAUUUCUAAUACAGGUGAAGACUCCAUGAUAUGGAUGCCAGAUAUAAAAAGUAACACUAUUCCUACUGAUGUCUGGACAAAUUUGUGGAAAUUCAAAGUUCCACAUAGAGUACAGUUAUUUGUUUAUGUGUACAGUCUGAGGCCUUCAGACAAGGAGUUUGUGAAAAUCAAUAUUGAUGGUUCUUAUAUACCAUUAACUAAAACAGGUAGUGUGGGAUUGAUUAUAAGAAAUUUUGCAGGCACUUGUCUAGGAGCAAAAGGGCUACUCUGUAAUGAGGAGGUGGAGGUAGCUGUGGACUUGGUGAAGGAACCUGGAAUAACAAAGACAAUUUUUGAGAUGGACUGUGAAACUGUAGUCAAAUCAAUAAUCGGAGUUGAUCUGCGGGUUCACUGGUACAACCAAAAUUUAGUUCAAGUUAUUAAAAACAAAUUUAGAAAUAGUAGUUUUUGGUUUUGUAAGUCUGUAAAUAGACUUGGUAAUAAUGUUGCUCAUGAAUUAGCUCAAAAAGCUAGACAACAGGCAACAAGCUUUUAA